AUGCAUAGUUUUCAUAGUCACUUCAAGUUGAGACCAAAGCUUAAUCGUGGGUUUGCUUGGACUAAUGUAUUGCGGAAAAUACAUAUAUUAAUCUUAAUAUCAUCUGCUUAUUUAUUUUUCCCAUUACCUGUUGUCAAUAACUAUUCAAGUCAAUUCAUGAAGUCAUCAUUAUAUAAUAGUAGUGACUCGUCGAAGAUUUAUCGCCUUAUCGAACAAGCUACAGUUUCGCGAUGUUCAUCGUCGUCAUUGAUUUCUCCCGAAAAUAUUCACAGUUACACGUCGAUGAAUUUAAUAAUCAUGUUACUGUAUAUUGGCUCUAUAUUAUCCAAUUUAUUAGCUCAAUAUUUAUAUUCAUAUGCUUCUCAUGAUAGAAUUGUAAAACAUUAUCCGUGGGUUUGCUGGUGUCGAAAAAUAAUUAUUUGCCUAGCUUUUGUCUCGAUUUUCAAUCAACUAGUUAAUACAUUGGCAUGCCGACCAAUUGAUAUUCUCUACGAUAUUCGAUUUACCUCAAUGCUCAUUGUACAAAUAUUUGGCUUCUUCAUGUGUCUGAUAUAUGCUUUUUUUCUUGGUAUUAAAUAUGCAUCAAUCGAGCACAAACACUAA